AAUAAUUUCGAUUUUCCUGUUCCUUUAGGUUUUGUAAGCCAUACUAGAACGGCUAGAUGAACCCGUUGUUGAGGAAAUUAUGCUGGACUUUGAAAAGGCGGCUUGGCAGUCCAUUCGAGAAGUAUUACCCGGCAUUUCAAUCCGUGGGUGUGUCUUCCAUUGGACACAGGCAUUAUGGAGACGCGUGCAGGAACUAGGACUAGCUGCCACCUAUCGUGAAAAAAAGGCAACUCACUGGUUCAUCAAGCAGUUAAUGGCCCUUCCAUUUCUGCCUUCAAAUGACAUCAACCCCACAUUCCGGUCAAUGCAGGAAAAGGUUCAGGAAUCUCCCUCUCUAAAGUCCCUCACAGACUACAUGGAAAUACAGGGGAUUAACAACGCUGUAUUCCCUAUUCCAGCCUGGUCCAUCUACAAAUAGGAGAUUCGUACAAACAACGA